AUGCCACGUUACCAGAAACUCAUCAACGAAUGCGACAGCAAAUCUGCUGCAAAUUCCGCCCCACAACAGCAGCCAAAUCGCAAUCAGCAGCAGCCACUUGGGACGCCCAAUGUGGGAUAUCACCUGUAUUUGUACCGCCAGCAACUUUCUCAGAAGAACGUGGAGUACAUGAGGUUGUCCAAGGCCAAGUACUUCAUCACCGACACACUGCUGGCCAAAACGGUUCGCAAUCUGAAAGGAUGCAGCGUCGACGAAUUGAAGACUGUCAACCAUCAGAUCGUCUUCCGGCACAAACUUCGUCACCAGAUUCAGCGACUCCGCAAGCUGAGAAGUCUGGGUAUCAAGAAUGCCAAUCCCAAAAUGGAGAGCACGGAAUUGUGA